AUGCCCGCCAAAGUAUUCCUCACCGGCGCCACGGGCUACAUCGGCGGCGACGCCUUGUACCACAUCCACCAGGAACAUCCCGAUUUCGAGUACGCGCUCCUGAUCCGCUCCGAAGCCAAGGCCAAGAAAGUGCAGGUCGCGUACCCCAACGCCCGGAUUGUCAUCGGCGGCAAUGACGAUCUCGACUUACUGGCGCGUGAAGCCGCCUGGGCGGAUAUCGUCAUCCACACGGCGGAUUCAUCCGACCACGCCGACGCGGCGACGGCCAUCGCCAGGGGCCUGAUCCAGGGCCACUCCGCCUCACGACCCGGAUUCUGGCUCCACACCGGGGGCGCGGGAAUCCUGACGUACUUUGAUUCGGAGGUGAAGAAGACGUUCGGCGAGCACGACGAUAAAGUCUUCAAUGACUGGGAGGGCGUCGACGAGCUGGUGAACCUCCCCGCCGCGGCAUUCCACCGCAAUGUCGACGAGAUCGUGCUGGAAACGGGCACCAAACAUGCCGAUUCGGUCAAAACAGCGCUCCUCUGCCCGCCCACGAUCUAUGGGCCAGGUCGGGGGCCGGUCUCCGGGCGCGGACGACAGGUGUACGAGCUUGCGGCGUUUAUUUUGAAAGAGCAGUACUGUCCGUAUAUUGGGAAGGGGCUGUCGCGGUGGAAUAAUGUGCAUGUGCAUGAUUUGAGUCGGGUGUUUGGGCUGCUCGUGCAGGCUGCGUUGGAUCCAUCCUGCCACCAUGAUGAGGAGGUCUGGGGCGCGCGUGGGUACUAUCUCACGGAGAAUGGGGAGCAUGUUUGGGGUGAAUUGUCGGCGGCGGUUGGAGAAGAGGCGUUUAAACAGAAGUACAUUAAGGGGGGCCGGCCGGAGCUGAGGGCCUGGUCGAUUGAUGAGGCUGUAAAGUCGUCGGCUGGGUUUGAGGCGGCGAGCUGGGGCAUGAACUCGCGGGGGGUCGCGGUGCGAGCGAGGAAGGUUCUGGGUUGGAAGCCACAGGAAAGAAGUCUGAGCGAGGAGGUGCCGGAUAUUGUUCGAUCUGAGGCGACGAGGAUGGGGCUGUAA